GUUGUUCAGUACGUCUGUCAAAGCGGUCCCCUCUGUUGUCGCUCCUGGUUGCCACUGUGCCACUGGUUCCACUGGUUUCACUGGUCCACCACAGCCCGAGAAAUCAGUAUCCAAUGGUAAUUCGCAAGAAAGAUGGCCAGCUUUUCCAGUAACACGUAUUCUCGAGUGGAGAGAGUAUGCCGACACAUGCCCGUGGUCCUGAACACCUUCCUGGUCUUCUCCAUCACGGGGGAGGUGAGCUACCUGGUCCUGGUCGAGGCGCCCCUGGAGGCGGACCGGACCCGGACGGAAUGGAUCAGCUGCUGGAAGCUGAUCCAUCUGUUGGCGCAGUACUUCAUGCUGGGCAAUAUCUGCUGGAACGCCUCGCUCUUUGUGAAGACUAGCCCGACAAUCAAAGGUGUCUUUCUGGGAGGAGAGGGCAUGGCCCAGGGAUGGAGGUACUGCUACACCUGUGAGAGCCACACCCCCCCGCGCUGCUCCCACUGCUACGACUGCCGUGCGUGCGUGCUGCGCCGUGACCACCACUGCGUGUUCUUCGGCCAGUGCGUGGGCUUCCUGAACUACCGCUACUUUCUGUGCUGCCUGCUCUUCAUGUGGGCGGGGCUUCUGUACGCGGUGGUGAUGAACGUGGAGGUGUUCAUGGUCAUCCUGAAGGAGGGAGUGACGCCCCACAGUGUGCUGCUGCUGCUGGUGCCCUGGAUCAUGCUGGUAUCAGGCCAGGUGUCUCCGCGCGCCUUCGCCUUUGCCUUCAUCGCUGACACCUGUGUGGUGGGCCUGCUGCUGGUGUCGGCCUUCCUCUUCUUCCACGUGCUGCUGCUGCUGCGGGGCCAGACCACGCGGGAGUGGUACUCGUCGCGGCGACCCUACAGCCAGGGCCCAUUUGGGAACCUCCGCCACGGCCUGGGGGCCCGCUGGUUCCUCUGCUGGCUCUGCCCGCUCAUCCCUUCGCCGCUGCCUGGGGACGGCAUCCACUUCCAGGUCACGGGGUCGCUGGAGCCCGCCGUGGCGGCGCGCUAGAGCGGAGGAGCUCAGCGUAGAUCUGCUGGAGAUGGAGCGGGAGGUGGAGGUGGAUAGGGAGAGGGAGGGAGGUGGAGAGAGGGAGGUGGGGGUGGAAGUGGAGGUGCUUAAGUGUAGCCCUAACGGGGCCUUCUUAAACAGACUUUUUUCCUUCAGCUGUUAGAGACGAGGGAUAUGGUGUUGGUCAAUGAUGGUCCUCCAACUCAGACAAAAACACAAACACACACACACACUGAAUGACUGACUGACUGUCUGACUGACUGACUGAACCACCAAAGGCCUUUGUGAGAGAAAAUUAUGACUUUUCGAUAGUCAUCUAAAAGCUAAUUACUACUGUUUAACAUAUUGCAAGGUUUACCAUCAAUAUAUUACCGGUAAUUUUUGUGGUGCAAAAUGGUCGUUCAAAAUUGUUGCAGGUGAAGUGGAACAUCAUAACUAUUUGUAGAAAACACUAACUAUUAUUUUCAAGCACUCUUUCUCUCUUCAAAAUGACAUGCUAUCUAGCAUCAAGCCAAAGCAUUUGGGGGGGAUCUGAAAAAGGAAAUCAACAAUGAACAUUGUUCAAUGUGUGGAAGAAAACCACAUUAGAUAUAGUGUUGUAGACGGUACACAAAAUGGUGAUUGCCAUCCAAAGGUGUGUAUGUUGCCAAGAGCAGGACAAAACAACACUAGCACUAUCCUUCAUAUGUCUGAGCUGUCCACAUGUGUUAUAGGUUGAUCAUAUGAUUUAUUUGCACUGAAUAUACGUUUUUUUGGUUUUUUUCGGCCUUGAAAAUAGAAUUAUGAGCUUCAUUAUGAGCUUCCAGUUCAAUAAGCAAACAAUUAUAUAUAAUUAUAUUAUUAAUAUGUAUUCUUAUCUUUGUUGGACAUUUGAUGAAUCUCCAGAUUUAUAUAAUUUUUUAUAUGUUGAUUUGUAAAGACCAUAUGACAGAAGUCCAAUAUUUUAAGACUUUUAAUAAUAUGCUGAUGUUCCUAAAUUUCCACUCCUUAGGAAUUGGUUAAAUAUCACCAUGUAGGCCUACUUAUGUUAACAAUAAAGAGUUGGACAUUUUAAAAUGA